AUGCAGAUCAAAGUUAAGACUUUAACUGGACGUGACAUGCCACUUGAUGUUGAACCCCAAGAUAAAAUCAUAAGAAUUAAAGAAAUGAUGGAAGAAAAAGAAGGUAUUUCACCAGCACAACAGAGACUAAUCUUUAAUGGUUCACAGUUGAAUGACGAUCAGACUGUUCAAGAGGCCGGUAUCCAAGCAGGAGCUUCUUUACACUUGGUUUUAACUUUAAGAGGAGGUAAUUAG